GUGGGGAAACUUGCGCCACACAAGAAAGUCUUCACUCGGAGGCCACUCGUGGCGUGGACGCGCCCACAGACGAUGCACAGCGUUGCAAAGAUGGCCAAUUUAGCAGCUCACCUUCGUGGACUAUUCUUCGAUCCAAACCCAAAGACUUGCGCCCUGCUUCUAGACUUGUAGGAGCACCUCGUCUCAGAAGAAUGAAUGAGGAAGGAAUAAAGACGUUUUACAUCGUCAUUGAAGUGGUCAUUGCUCUCCUCUCCAUCUCCGGCAACGUUCUAGUGUGCUGGGCCGUUGCCAUCAACACCACCCUGAAGAACGCCACCAACUAUUUCCUGGUAUCUUUGGCCGUGGCGGACAUCCUGGUGGGCUGCCUGGCCAUCCCUUUCGCCAUCACCAUCAGCAUCGGCAUCCGACUGGACUUCUACGGCUGCCUCUUCCUAGCCUGCUUCGUCCUGGUUCUCACCCAGAGCUCCAUUUUCAGUCUGCUCGCCAUCGCCAUCGACAGAUACCUGGCGGUCAAAAUCCCUCUCAGGUACAAGGAGUUGAUGACAGGAAAGACGGCCAGAGAGAUCAUCGCUAUUUUAUGGAUCCUGUCCUUUGUCAUCGGGCUGGUCCCUUUCUUCGGUUGGAACGUCAAAGACUCGAGUUGCAGGAAUGUCAACUCCACCGGCGGGGACAACAGUACGAACGGGCAACCGGACGCGGGGCCGAAAGGCGGACUCUUACGACCACGGAGUUGCGAGCUCAGGUGUUUCUUUGAAAGCGUGGUGGACAUGGAGUACAUGGUCUACUUUAACUUCUUUGUGUGCGUGCUGCUGCCACUCCUCAUCAUGCUGGGCAUCUACAUGAAGAUCUUCACGGUGGCCAGGAUGCAACUGAGGCAGAUCGAGCUCAAAUGCGUGUCCAACGGCGACAACCACCAUCACGGCCUGAUGCAGCGGGAGAUCCGCGCCGCCAAGUCGCUGUCCAUCAUCGUGGGGCUCUUCGCCAUCUGCUGGCUGCCCGUCCACAUCCUCAACUGCCUCACGCUCUUCUACAAGAAGCUGGUCAAGCCCGACGAGGUCAUGUACUUGGCCAUCAUUCUGUCCCACGCCAACUCGGCCGUCAACCCCAUCAUCUACGCCUACCGCAUCCAGGACUUCAGAAACACCUUCCGCAAGAUCCUGGAGCGGCACGUGCUGUGCCGCAAAGAGGAGCUCUGCGUCAGCUCCAACGGCAGCAGGCGCACUAGAGACCAGAUACACAUGACUAUCGAUCCCCUGCUAUAAGACGCGCCACUAUUUCCACUGAAUGAUGUUUACACAAGCAGGGUAUAUGAUGUCAUACACGCCUUGAGGAUUUGUUGUCGUCGAAUAACGUUAACACUACCUGGAUGUGCCGGACUGUGAACGGGAGCCAAACUUUGAAACAUUCUAAAAUGUUAUUUAUCGUUCUGAAAAAGCCCUGAUAGAACUGCAACAGUCCAGUUUUGUUUUUUUUGUUGUUGUUGUUGGGGGUUUUUUUUGUACUGCCAAGAGUCUGUGCAAGUGUUUAUUUAUUACCGUAAUGCAUCUCUGUGAAUAUGAACUCGGUGAGUCUGGACCUGUACUACUCUGUAUUACUUGUGGACCUGAAUAGGUACAAUAGAAGUACUUCUCUGGUUAUUUCUGAUCACCCCCCCCCCCGCCCUCACACACAGUGUUUCCGCUUGUUGAACCUUCAAUACUGAGAAUAACGGUGUUGUCGUGUCUUGAGCUGUUUCCUUUGGCCACGUGCAUCUCUCUUACAGGUCAAUUAAUU